UUGAGCGCGAAAUUUCAAACGUAACAGGAACAGAGCUAGCAACAGGAAUUGUUAUUGUAGUUAAAGUGCUAAAAACAAUUCAACAUUUACACAGUAAUAUAAUCUCUGUUUAUCCAUAAGGUGAAUCUAUUAAUAGUGAGCCAAGUUUUAGCCCGAGCUGAGAUGGAUAUCGCUUUAUAUUUACGGUGUUUUGAAGAAAGUUUGGCUUCAUACAGCGGAGACGACCCGCUGGAUCCGUGGGACAGGUUUGUGGACUUCCUGGAGCAGAGGCAGCCAGCAGGAGGCAGCAGUGAGAUGUCGCUGGUGUUUGACGCGCUGGUCCAAAGAUUCCUCAACGUGGAUCAAUAUGCCAACGACAUCCGCUACGUCAACUACUGCAUCAGAUAUGCCAGUUACUGCGCGGACCCCGCCACCCUGUACGCUCACGUCUUCAGUCGCGGCGUCGGCAGCAGGACGGCGGCUCUGUACCUGGCCUGGGCUCGGCACUUUGAGCAGAAGGGAAUGAAGGAUCAGGCUGACGGCGUUUACCUGAAGGCUCUGGAGAACCAGGCCCAGCCGGCGGACACGCUGCUCCACGAGUACAGGCAGUUCCAGAGCAGAACCAGAACCGAACCUCCAGCGUCCGGAGCCCGAGUCCCUCUGCAGAACUCCCAGCUGACCAAUCAGAUGUCUCCCCAGAAAAAGGCCGCCGCUGGUUCUCCAUCCAAACUGCCUCUGAGAAGAACCGUCACGACCACGUCCCGCGCCGAGACGUCAGGGACGCAACGGUCCAGCCAGGAUGCCGCCGCCCCGACGGUCUUCGAAUACAGCGAGGACGCGUUGGUCUGCGACGGCACCGAGUUCUGCUUCGAAGAGGUCCGAGCCGAGAAAUACUUCAGGAAGAUCCGGGAGAGGCAGGAGUGGGAGCAGAGGGAGAACAUGCGGCGGCAGCUGAGGCAGCAGGAGCAGGAGGUGCAGAGGCUGCAGAGCAUGCUGCAGCAGGUCAACCAGGGCCUGCAGGCCUGUGAAGGAUCUCUCUGCACAACGCUGCAGGCCUCUGCUGCUCCCUCCAUCUUCUUCUCCUCUCGUUCCCGUCGCUCCGUCGGCCUCAGGCUUCACUCUGACCUCAGCCUGAUCCAGGAGGCUGCCGGUACUGGUUCUGGUUCUGAGGCGACCCGCCCUCCCCCCGUCCUGUCCGACUGCAGCGGCGCAGCAGAACCUCAGGCUCCCGGGUCAUCGGCCCAGAGGAACCCGGACGCCCGGGAGCCCGGCGUGGCGCCGCUGCAUUGCGGUCUGGUACCAGAACCUGAGGAGAAGCUUGAUGUGUCUCAGGGAGGAGCAGCCAACUUCUCCCACGUCACGCCCAACUCCUCUCUGGGCUUGGUCCAGGCCACGCCCUCCAGGGCGCUGCCGUCGCCCACCGUCAACACGCGGGAGGCCCUGGGCGUCAUCAUGGACAUGUUCCAGGCUCCGACCUUCCUGGAUGACCCGUUUCAGGGAGCCUCCAUGCUGCAUCGGGCCGCUGCUGAACCCGACCAGGACCUGGAGACGGGCGUGGUCCCGCUGGUACCGGAGCCGCCAGCCGCCCCUUUUACCAUCUUCCAGGAUUAUGAAGACAAAGAGAACAGCGGCGCCGUGGUUCCAUUUGAGCGGUCCAAACCGGCCAGAGCUCUGACAGAACUCUGCGGGCCGAGGGCGGACCGACCCAAUAUGAGUUUCGGACAGUUGUUGGGAAUCUCCGGCGGUUCUGGUCCAGCUGGUCCUGGCGGUUGUCGGGUUGAAUCCCUGUCCGUGUCCACGCCGUCGGAGCUGAUCCCAGACGAGAGCACCAUGUGGGGCGCGCGCCACAACUCGCUGGCCGCCUGUCCCAACAGCACCACCGACUUCGCCCCGCUGGCCCAGUUCGUCUCCACGCCGUUCACUCACAAAACGCCGCUCAGCGGCUGCUUCUUCCUGGCUGAAGAGAAUAACGGAGACGGCGGCGACGCUGACGAAAACGUCUUCAUCAGACGACAGAUGAAAAAACUCAGCCCCAUCUUGGAGCAGAGUCCAGCUGAUGACGCGGCGUUGGAGGCCGGCGCUCCGCUGCUGCCGUCCUCAGCGCGGCAGGGUACCAUCAUGGCCGACGGCUUCGCCUCCUCCUCCCUCAGCAUGACGCAGCCGCCGCCGCCUGCCCUGCUCUCCUUCAGGGACCAGACGCUCUGCCCGGCCGGGCCCUCCGCCGGCUGGGAGGCCAGCCCUCCGCAGAACCCACUCAGUAAUAGCAGAGAACCGUUUCAGAUCCUGGAGGACCCAGAGAGGCCCGGCAGCCCAGAACCAGACCAGAACCGGCUCAGUGACGUUCCCAUGAGCCCGCAGUGCGCCCCCACGACGAGCUGGCUGGACGUCAGGAGUCCCGCCGCCUCAGCGGAGCCGGACCUGGAUGCCUUCCUGAGUCCCUGCCGACCCGGUUCGGCCAGAACCCGGGACGUCCCCAUGAGCCCGGCGGCGCCCGGCGGCCUCCAGCUGGUGUCCGACCCCUGGGACGCCGACCGGAUCGCGGACCUGCUGUCCCGGCUCCGCCCACCGCUGACCUCUCACCCCUGCUGCUACAGCUGGUCCUGCGCCGUGCCCAGCAUCGGACCCAAGAAGACCCUCAGCAUGGGAUCGUCGUCCCUCAGAGUGGACGCCGUCCUCGGACAGGGAGCCUUCGCCACGGUCUUCCAGGCCACCGACCCCGCGACCUCUGACAGGAUGGUGCUGAAGGUGCAGAAACCGGCCAAUCCCUGGGAGUUUUACAUCAACACCUGUCUGGACGCCCGCCUGCCUCCUUCUGUGCGCCAUCUCUUUGGCAGCAUCCGCUCCGCUCACCUGUUCCUGGACGGCAGCAUCAUGCUGGGGGAGCUGCACAACUACGGCACCCUGCUGAACGCCGUUAACCUGUUCCGGGCGCAGAGCGACAGGGUGAUGCCGCCGGCCCUCGUGCUUCACUUCGCCGUCUGCAUCCUGCACACCGUGGAGCAGCUGCACGCCGCGCACAUCAUCCACGCCGACAUUAAACCUGACAACUUCCUGCUGGGAGAGAGGUUCCUGGAGAACCGGUGCUUUGACCCAGACGGCGUGGACCACGGCCUGGUCCUCAUCGAUCUGGGUCAGAGCAUCGACAUGGCGCUGUUCCCAGAAUGCACUGCGUUCACUGCCAGGUGUCUGACGUCCAGCUUCCAGUGCACCGAGAUGCUGAGCGGGAAACCUUGGAGCUACCAGACAGAUUACUUUGGGAUUGCGGGAACCGUCUACUGCCUGCUGUUUGGGACCUACAUGCAGGUCGUUAUCGAGGGCGGCGUCUGGCAGACCAAUGGCAUCUUCAGACGGAAACCCCACGCCGACCUGUGGCUGGACUUCUUCCACACGCUGCUCAACGUGUCGGACUGCGGCGCUCUGCCCAGCCUGCAGGCUCUCCGCCGCCGGCUGGCCGCCGUCCUGCAGCAACACUACAGCAGCAAGCUAGCUACGCUAAAGAGCCGCCUGGUGGUGCAGCUGCUGGAGAACCACCGGGCCCGCAGGUGAUCCUGCAGAGAACCACUGGAUCACACAGACUGGUUUCACUUAAUCACACCAUCUGUAAAUAUAUUCAUUUUUUUAUAGGCUUCGUUUUGGAGAAAUGAUUCUUAUGUUGACGAUGACAAUAAAAUGUGUUCUAGUCUUGUU